AAUAAAGAAAAAGGCAGGCCAUGAACUGAUGGAUUAAGAUGAAGGAAAGCUUACGUUUUCAAAUUUCAACCACAAAAAGAAGAUUCAUAAUAUCUUAUCAUCCCCAACUCUUUCUCCUACAAACGUCACAAACCCUAAUUCUCUCUCUAUCCAUGGACCCUCUAUCAAGCUCUGUUUCUUCACGCCUCAAACCCGCCAACUUCAACUCAACACCUCGCCAAUUGCACCCCUUAAAACCACUCAACAGACCGCGUCACCUCCCUCCACCGUCACCCCAACGUCCCCUUCUCUUCUCCACCACCAAACCAACCACUAUCUCCACCUCUUUCACCCACAAAAACCUCACCGCUCCUCCUAUCUUCCCCCACCCCACCUCACUUCUCCCUUCAUCAUCCCUUCAUGUCCAUCGAACCCCCGCCACCGGCUACGCCGCAGCUCUAUUAGACACAGCUCAAUCCACCGGUUCACUUCACGAAGUCCGACGAGACGUACGAAAGCUCUCGAGACUACUCCAAAACAGUCAAAUUCAAGCUUUUUUGAAUGACCCGUUUUUGGGUGAUCAAGAGAAGGGAAAAGCAAUGAAGGAAUUGGCUAAAAAAGGGAAGUUUAACAAGCAUCUUUUUAACUUGUUAAAGAUGAUGGUUGAGAAGAACAAGUUGGGGAUUGUAAGUGAAGUGUUGGAAGAGUUCGAGAGGGUUUUCGAUGAGUUGAUUGGGACUAAACAGGUUUGGGUUUCGUCGGAGAAGAUGAUUGGGGAAGACAUGUUGUUUAAAAUUGCUAUAAAGGUUCAAAAGCUUAGUGGUGCUGUUAAAGUUAAGGUCAAGAACUUGGUUAUUGAUAAGCUACCCAAAAUACCAGACUUUGGCUUGCUCUAUAAUUAAUAUGCAAUGAUUGGUAUCUUUGUUUCAACUUCAACACUCUUUUCAUUUUUAGCUUACUUGCAUUAUAAUAAAUAUGCAAUCAGAAAUGAAAUCAAGAUUAUAUUACGUGACAUGAUUUGACAGAAAA